GAUUUUGAGCGCAGCAACUACUGUGUCCUGUACACAUUACUAACUACUAUUUUUUGAACAGUCCGAACGAACCGCCCAGAAAUGCCUCGCGUCAAGUUGCGAUAAGCCGAGUCAUAGGCAACACUAGAGGGAGGGGGGCAAGCCACCCCCCCGUUUCCAUCAACGUCGCUGAAUUAGCCUGCGAGGCACACCUUCUCAUCACUGAUUUCCUUGUCCUCCUUUGACAAAUAACCUGCCGUUUACAUAAAUCAUUCGCAAUUCAGCUCUGGGUGGUCGAAGUCGUUGUCCAUCACGAGUCCAACGUUGGCCUUGGAUGUCUGGCAUACAAAUGGAUCCAAUGAGUGAAUUUUCGAUUCUCUCGCAGCAUGAAAAUGACAGCAAGAGACACGGAGUGUCAGCUGCUCGAAUUGAAAACUGCGAUCAGUACAUUUGGCUUUUUUUUGUUCAUCUGUUACUCAUAUCCUUAUCGUAUAUAAAGACGCGUUAAUCCGCAUGACGCCAGGUAG